AUGCAACUUGAACAACAAUUUGAUCAAAGAGAAUGGUUAGAAUUAGAUAAAAAAUUAUUUAUACAUGUUACUCUUCCAAAGCAACUUGUUCCAUAUGUUCCUCUCGAUCGACUUAUGCCGGAAGAGGAAUGGCGAAGUCUUGGUGUGAAACAAUCUCCUGGGUGGGAACACUACAUGAUUCAUGCUCCCGAACCUCACAUCUUACUUUUUAAACGGGAAAGAGAUUAUCAACUCAAGUAUGGUAUACCACAACCAGAGGAGGAAUUAGUUGAGCAGGAUGGAAAUGUGCAGUAUGAUCAGAAUGCCCAGUAUCAACAGAAUGUGCAAUAUCAACAUCAGAAUGUGCAAUAUCAACAUCCUCAAAAUGUGCAGUAUCAUCAUCAGAAUGUGCAAUAUCAACAGAAUAUGCAGUAUCAACAGAAUGUGCCAUAUGAUCCAAAUGCGCAGUAUGUUCAGUAA